AGUAUAUCAAAGCUUAGGGUUCUUUGUGCCGGCGAAAAAUGGCUGAUUCUCCUCCAAAAAGGAAUUCAAGAUCUCCUUCACCAUACGAGACUCACUCCAGAUCUAGGUCAAGGACAAGAUCAAAAUCCAGAUCCUUGUCAAGGUCAAGAGGGAGGUCAAGGUCAAGAGGGAGGUCAAGGUCUAGAAGUCGUGGAAGGGAUGAAGCUAAUAAUCCUGGAACCACACUUUAUGUGACUGGUUUAUCCACACGUGUUACCGAUAGAGAGCUUGAAGAUCAUUUCUCCAAGGAGGGAAAGGUAGCUUCUUGUUUCCUUGUUGUGGAGCCACGAACUCGCAUCUCCCGUGGUUUUGCCUUUAUUACAAUGAAAACUGUGGAGGAUUCUGAUCGAUGUGUCAAGUAUCUCAAUCGGUCAGUUCUGGAUGGUCGAAGCAUUACAGUUGAGAGGUCAAGGAGAAAACGCGCAAGAACUCCCACACCUGGGCACUAUUUGGGGCUCAAAAACACUAGGGAAGAACGUGGUUAUCGCGAUGAUCGUGACAGGUAUCGAGGAGGAGGUCGCGAUGAUUAUGGGCAACAGAGAUAUUCGAGACGCUCCUCACCUUAUAGAGGAGGAGGAAGUGGUCGUGAUUACUCUCCUCGUAGGCGAUCACCCUAUGGUGAAAGAUCUAGAAGGGAGGAGAGGUCAUAUUCACCAUAUGAGAGGUAGUGAAGAUGAUGCUUUACAUCAUUUUGUUUGGGGGUAAUUCUAUUAUAUAUUUCUGUUCUAGGUAAAAGUCAUUAAAUGGUGGAGGAUACAAGUAGUGAAUUGUUCUUCAUAACACAUGUUACCCUAGUGUGAGCUCUAGCCCUGUUUAAUUCUUACUUUGAUUUAUGGAUGUUUCUGGAGUUUGGUUUGAUCAGAUUGUCGGUUGCUUAAAUGCAGUUAAUAUAUGUUUUUGUAUGA